UUUUGUUUUUUUUUUCCUUUGUUAUUAUUCUUAUUAUUUUUUUGUCUUUAGUCAUAUACCUUUUCAUUGGAUUGAAUCAUGUUACGGAUUACUUUGACAGCUUUGAAAAAGAACACAUUAGUUAUUCAAAGACCAUUAGGUGCUCGUGCCUAUCAUGAAAAAGUGAUUGAUCAUUAUGAACGACCUCGUAAUGUUGGUUCUUUUCCUAAAGGAGAAGAAGGUGUAGGUACUGGACUUGUUGGAGCACCUGCUUGUGGUGAUGUGAUGAAGUUGCAAAUCAAAGUGGACGAUGUGAGUGGAAAAAUUGUUGAUGUCAAAUUCAAGACUUUUGGUUGUGGAUCAGCCAUUGCGUCAAGUAGUUUUAUGACGGAACGUGUCCGAGGUAUGACUUUGGAAGAAGCAGGAAAAAUCAAAAAUACUGAAAUUGCCAAAGAAUUAUGUUUACCUCCUGUCAAAUUACAUUGCUCAAUGCUUGCAGAAGACGCCAUAAAGUCUGCAAUACUUGAUUACGAAAGUAAACGCAAACGACAACAAUGAAUAGAUUAGAAAUCAUAGCUCAGUUUUUCCCCUUUAUUGAUUCUUUUAGUCCUUUUUAUUAUCAUUAUCAUUAUUAUUCAUUUGUCUAAUUAAUCAGAUAAAGAAAAUGUUUUUUUUUUGAAGAUAUUGUCUAUGUAAAUUGUUUUAUGUUGAUACUGUAGUAUGGACCAUUCGAUUAUUAUAGUGAACAUAAACGACAAUAAUGAAC